AUGUCUGAUUUAAAGACCUCAGAAGCCCCAGUAAAACCAGUGGAAACAGCCGAACCAGCGGUAGCGGCCGUGGCAACUACGGAAGACGAUGACUUUGACGACUUGUUGGACGAGUUCCAGGACGAAAUUUUGAGCAAACCACCAGGCUCCGCGGCAGUAGAUGAAAAUGCCACACCUACCGCGGAUGAUCUUUCCCAAAUUAACGACGUCUUGAAGGAGAUGGGACUCGAGGACCCCGAGUCGAAGGCGCAGUUGGAGAGUUUACUCAGCCAGUUUGGCGGCGAGGCCGGGGCUGGACCACAGGACUUCAAGUCCAUCAUGGCGGAGACGUUGCUGCGAGUCAAAACCUCUGGGGUGAACAUCGACGAGCAGUUAAAGUCGGAGCAGGCGCAAAAAAAGGGCUCUGAGGAGGAGAUGCUCAUGUCACUUUUGAGCGGCUUGGGAGGCGCCGGGGGCGAUGAGGAGGGUCUUGCGGCGUUGUUAAGCGAAAUGAUGGAGCAAUUAUCGUCGAAAGCUGUGUUGUACGAGCCAAUGAAGGACUUGAACGACAAAUACCCAGCCUGGUUGGCUGAAAACAAGGCCAGCUUGAAGGCGGACGAGUAUACCAAGUACGAUGACCAGUUUCUGAUCGUGAAGAUCAUCGUGCUGAAGUUUGAGUCGCCGGAAUACGACGACUCCAACACGUUUAUGCGUAACGAAAUCAGCGAACAAUUGGAGCUUUUGCAAAAGUCGGGCGACCCGCCAGCGGAGCUAGUCGGUGAUAUGGACCAAUUGGGCGGCUUGUUUGGCGGUGGUGCCGAGGGUGCGCCUGGUUUGGGAGAGGACGACGACUUCAACAUGGACGACUUGCCAGAGGACUUGAAGAAGAGCUUACAAGAG